AUGCAGUUUGACAUCCACAGUAUCAAGGGUCGCAGUUAUAAUAGAGCAAUGCCGCCAGCAUCCCGAGAUGUCUUUGCAGCAGCUUCGCGAUCUUUGCAAGCUUCUUCGGAAGAAGCCGAAGGCGACCGCAGAGGAGACACGAAGUGGUGCUGCGCAUGUCCCGCAAGCACCGAAGCGGGAUGGCGAGCCCGGUGCUGCUUCAGUUCCGGAGGCGUCAUCGUUUGGGCAUGGUUAGUUUCCAGCCUCUACAUUUCCUUCGGUGGAGGCGCGCCAGCAGGGGACAUCGACCACGACACAGGUGUAGCGGAGCGCCUACCAGGCUUCUUCUUGAAUUUUGUCCAGGUUCAGAUCUUUGCAGAAGCAUACAGCUGCAUCUGGCACAGUGGAGACACAGAUUACUUCCACACGCUGAGAUUGAUGGAGGCGAUUUUGGAGUCUGCACCAAACUCCCUGGUGCAACUGUACGCUCUGGUCAUUUGGGCCAUCCCUGGUGGAAUCGAGGCCGAGGGGGCUACGGCCCUACUCCAGGCAUCAGUCUUCUCCUCCUUCGUCUCCGUUGGGCUGGGCCUGGCGAUGUGGGAGCAAAAGGUGCAGUUCCGCACGUCGGCUGGAUACAUUGCCACUGUAGCCGUGAUGAGGGCGUUCGAGAUCGCAGCUCGGUCUGCCACGCUUGCAGUGCAACAGCAGUUUUCCGCCCGAGGAGGGCCAUGCACCGGACAUCAGGAGAGGCUGAGACGCGAGUCGGCCCAGGUGCUGGCGUUGCCGCCUUUGCAGAAGAUUCAAGACAUGCUCGAUCGUAAAUUGGGAGAGGCUGAAGUGACGAUGAAGAUGCUCGGAAACUUUGGUAUGAACUGCGAUGAAGUGACCUCUGUCUGGACGGAGAUGAUGAGCCGGUUCAUCCUGACCGUGUUCCCUGGUGCACCCUUCGAGGCCGUGUACACCCUCGCCGAGGGCUCGAAACGGUCUGCAGUACCUCGAUUCGUUUCGAAGUGCUUUACUGCCCGUGAGCAGAUAGCAGUCGAGACGGCCCAGACCGCCAAAAAGCUGAGUGAGCCGAUGGAGGAGGGCAUGCCGGAGAUGGAGGGCGGCGAUGAGUGGUGGUUUGACUGGUGGCAGGAGAGGAAGAGGAUCGAAGCCGGUGUCGCGGCUGUACAGAAGGAGGCAGCGGCUGGCUUGCUCGACCGUCUGUUGAAAGAUGCCCAGACUGCCAAAAAGCUGAGUGAGCCGAUGGAGGAGGGCAUGCCGGAGAUGGAGGGCGGCGAUGAGUGGUGGUUUGACUGGUGGCAGGAGAGGAAGAGGAUCGAAGCCGGUGUCGCGGCUGUGCAGAAGGGCCAUCGAGGGCGCAGCAGCAGCCCGGGCGUUGCCGGAAGUCCGCUGUGGGGCUCGCGUGCUGCCGUUCGAGGGCGCAGCAGCAGCCCAAAAUGGGGUGUCCCUGAGCGAGUCGGCAUCAGUGGGGAGCGUCACUUGCUGAUCUUUGCGGGGUCCGGCGGCGCUUACCAUCCCAGCCCGAGGAGGCGAGCGACGGCGGUCAGCUCAGUGGCCCCAAGAGGGGAGCCCGAGCCAACCGUGGCGCCGCCGCCUCCCGAGGUAGUGUGGAUGGCACCCGGAGGUUUUGGAUCCAGGCUCGAUGACACCACGUCAGCGCAGAACGCCCCACUUUGGGGCACCCCGUGGUCGGCCACCAGCGCCAUUGUGAUGGGUGACCUGCACGAAGCCGAGGAGGAAAGGGUCCUUGAGCUUGGUCACAGACCCGAGGUCCGAGAGCUUGUUCGUGCCCUCCAGCCCUACGCUGCCCAGACUGCGUGCGAGAUGACGCUGAACACUUGGGACUACUUGGAGAUCGUGCAGCGCCACCCUACGGGGUGGACAUUUGCAAGAAAGGUGGGUGCGCUGGUUGGAAAAUCCGAAGGAUGGUUCCCAGACUGGGUGACUCAAGCUGCCGAGGAUGCAAGCCCCGCAAGCGAUGCACUCCAGCACCCCUUGGUACAUGUGGGCACCAGUGCCUCCAUUCUUGGUGACAUGCGGCAUGGUCUGCACCACUGA